GUGGCUCCCCCUCUCACCGCACACCCUCACCUAUCCCCCAGUGUCCUGGGACUUGCAGCUCCAUCUUCCUGCCCCGUCCAGACUGCCCCCACUCAGCCUUCACCAAGGCCUUCCUUUCCUUUUCAUUUCACUGGUGUCUGGUCUUCCCAGCACCCACCCACCCGCCCUCUCAGGGAGGUGCCUCAUGGCAGCCCGCCCCUUCACACUGGUUUCCUCAGGAAAGGCCUUGGAAGGAAGCAGGGAGGGGGUUGGGAGCCGUGGGGGCCAGACUAACCCAAGCGUUCCCGCUGGACUGGCCGCCAUGGGGCUGAGGCUGCUCCCACUGUUGCUGCUCUGGACACAGGGGACCCAGGGGUCCAAGCUGGACCCCAAUGGGCGGCAUGUCUGCAUGGCCAGCAGACCUGCCUGAUGGGGCUGAGGCAGCCUCCCACAUCUCAGCCAGAGACAGUGAUCCACGUGCGGAGCCAGUGUGUCCCCCGGCUGACCCCUCUCUGCCCCACAGCCCCUCUGCUGAGCUCCAGUGCUGCCCAGGCUGGAGGCAGAAAGAUCAAGAAUGCACCGUCCGAUGUUUUUCAGCCAUCUGUGAGGGGGUAGAUGCCUGCCAGGAAGAUGAAGUAUGUGUGAAACCAGGCCUCUGUCGAUGCAAACCUGGAUUCUUCGGGGCCCAGUGCAACUCCCGCUGCCCGGGCCAGUACUGGGGCCCCGACUGCCGUGAGAUCUGUGCGUGCCACCCACACGGCCAGUGCGAGCCGGCCACAGGCGUGUGCCACUGCCUAGCGGACCGCUGGGGCGGCCGAUGCGAGUUCGCGUGCGCCUGCGGCCCCCACGGGCGUUGCGACCCCGCGACGGGCGCGUGCCGCUGCGAACCCGGCUGGUGGUCGUCCACUUGCCGCCGUCCGUGCCAGUGCAACCCGGCGGCGGCGCGCUGCGAUCCAACCGACGGCUCCUGCCGCUGCGAGCCGGGCUGGUGGGGCCGCCGCUGCAGCUUCCGCUGCGCCUGCCACGGCUCGCCGUGCGCGCAGGAGACGGGCCGCUGCGCCUGCCAGCCGGGCUGGUGGGGCCCCGACUGCCGGCAGCCGUGCGAGUGCGCGCGCGGCCGCUGCAGCGCCGCCUCCGGCCAGUGCGCCUGCCCGCCGGGCUUCCGCGGCGCGCGCUGCGAGCUGCCCUGCCGCGCCGGCAGCUACGGGCCUCACUGCCGCGACAGCUGUGGCCACUGCAAGCAGAAGGAGCCGUGCUCUGCAGACACAGGCAGCUGUGCGUCCUGCGAGCCAGGCUGGAACGGAACCCAGUGCCACCAGCCCUGCCCACCUGGCACCUUUGGCGAGAGCUGCAGGCAGCUGUGCCCCCACUGCCGGCUUGGGGAGGCCUGUCAGCCAGACACCGGGCACUGUCAGCACUGUGAGCCUGGGCGGCUGGGGCCCAGGUGUGAAGAGCCCUGCCCGACCGGGACCUUUGGGGAUGGCUGUAGCUCCACCUGCCCCACCUGUGUUCAGGGGACCUGUGAUGCUGUGACUGGGGAAUGUGUCUGCCACGCUGGCUACUGGGGACCCAGCUGCAACACGUCAUGCCCACCUGGCUUCCAUGGUAGCAACUGCUCGGAUCCCUGUGAAUGCCCAGAGGGACCCUGCACCCCUAUCUCUGGGGCCUGCCAGCUGGGGUCUCGCAGUCAGGAUGCGGCCCUCAUUGCAGGCAUCCUUGUACCUCUGCUGCUCCUCCUCCUGGGCAUCAUCUUCUGUGUCUGCUGCUGCCGGGCCGCCCGGUUGGACCCCAAGGACAGGCCAGCAAGCGAUGGAGCUGCUGUGUCCAGGAUGAAGCUGCAGGUCUGGGGGGCACUGAGCAGCCUGGGCUCGGUGCUACCCUGUGGUUCCUUCAGCAGCCACAAGCUUCCCUGGGUGACAGUCUCACACCACGACCCGGAGAUCCCCUUCAACCACAGCUUCAUCGAGCCGCCCUCUGCGGGCUGGGCCUCAGACGACUCCUUCUCUUCUGAUCCCGAGUCUGGAGAGGACGAGAGCCCGGCCUACUGCGUGCCACCCCAAGAAGGGAUGGUCACUGUGGCCCACGGAGAGUUUCCAGAGGCCAGCCUGGCUGGAGGUCCCAUCCCUCCUCCUGAGGACGCCUCCACACCAUUCCCCAUUCCGCGCACUUCCAGUCUUGCACGGGCCAAGCGGCCAUCAGUCUCCUUUGCCGAAGGCACCAAGUUUGCGCCACAGAGUCGCCGAAGCUCAGGGGAGAUCUCCAGUCCUCUCCGAAAGCCCAAGAGGCUCUCCCGGGGGGCCCAGCUGGGUCCUGAAAGCCAGGAGGCUGAGGAGUCCAUGGGCUCAGAGAAAGCAGAAAUGGAUGAGACCCUUCCUGGUGCUGCCAGCCCCAGGGAUUCAGCCACUGGCCGCCGCCGGCUCCCCCUUGGUGGCCGGACAGUGGCUGAGCGUGUAGAAGCCAUUGAGGGCAGUGUCCUGGAGGGCUCAGGCUCUGUGACCACGAUCUACAUGCUGGCAGGGACACCCCAGUUAUCUGAGGGCCCUGUCCGGUCUGUUCUCCGCCGUUUUGGUAGCUUCCAGAAAGGCCAGGCAGAGCCCAAGGUCAAGAGUGCCAUCCCUAAGCCUCCACGCCGGGCCCUUAGUCGAAAUAAGGGCAGCUCUGGGCUGGCCUCUGGCUCUGCCAGUCAGAGCCCCAGCUUAGCCCCGAAUGAUGAGCUCACUAGGCCCUUGGAGUCUGCAGGAACUGGGCCAGAGGAAGUGGCCAGGGGGCUAGGGGAUGGCACCAAGAGCUCAGGGAGGGCCCAGGAGCUGGCCCCUGAGGGUGGCCCCCAAGAACAGGAUCCCCAGAAGCUGGCUGAUGGGGAAGGGCAAGAGGAGCCCCAGUAUGAGAAUGUUGCACCCAUCUCUGGGCCACCAGCACCCUGAGAACCUUGAAUUUGGAGAGUUGGAAGACUAUGGAUGGGGGGUAGGCGUCUGAACUGCCCCUGGAUCAGAUUGUGUUUUGCUGGAAAAAGAUCUCAGGGCCAGGAAAGACAGACCAGAGCCUCUGCCCUUUCAUGGGGAAACGUCAGAGUUGGAGGCCAGUUGGCUCUGGGCCCUGGCAGUGCUCUGGGAGUGGUCUGGAAGGCCUGGGCAGAGACCCCAUAGGGUGGGGUCAGGAAGGGGAAAGAGAUGACUGCAGGGACUUUGUUGUCCUGGACUCUGUUUGCCCCCAAAGGCUAUUCUUUUCUACAUUUGCAAAACAUUUUUCUGAAAUGGGAAACAACCUAAAUGUUUGAUGAUAAAAGAUUGGUUAAAGAAAGAUUGCUGGGGCGCCUGGGUGGCUCAGUCGUUAAGCGUCUGCCUUCGGCUCAGGUUAUGUCCCAAGGUCCUGGGAUUGAGCCUCGCAUCGGGCUCCCUGCUCAGCAGGAAGCCUGCUUCUCCCUCUCCCACUCCCCCUGCUUGUGUUCCCUCUCUUGCUGUGUCUCUCUCUGGCAAAUAAAUAAAUAAAAUCUUAAAAAAAAAAAAAGAAAGAUUGCUUAUGAUAGGUUCCUAAACAACCACUAAAAAUCAUGUUGUUUAAGAAUAUUUAAUAUGGGAAAUAUGGGAGACUGUUUAUGCUAUACUGUUAAGUAUAAAAAGUAAGGUUUCUUUUUAUAAAUUUCAUUUCUUUCUGCUUCAGGCUACAUGUUUAGAAUCCUUCCACUUUGUGUGUAUUUUGUGAUUGUUUUACAAACUUUUUUUUUUUGUAAAGGAUGUAUGUGCAUAAAAAAGAUUUGAGGGAAAGGCAUCAAAUGGCAUUUUUCCUGCCCUGGGAGAUGAGACUGUGGCUGAUAUUUAUUUUCUUUGUAAACUUUUGUAUUAUUUGUAAAUUUUCUUUAGUAAACAUUCUUUUUACUUUUCUCACUAGAUUGAAUUUUUAAAAAAAAUUAUAAAAAACAAUGUUCUUUGUUUAAAAUAAAAAAGUACUAACAUUACAGACAUGUAUAAAGUAAAAAAGAGAUUUCCCUUUUCCUCAGAGGAGCCUGAGGGACAGGGUAGGGACCUGACUUACUUGUCACUGAAUGUCUUUUGGUCUUGUUUGAGUUCUUUUCUCACAUAUUUGAAUUACCUAGUCAGGACAGAAACAGUGGCUUCUCCUUCUAUCCCAGUGCUCAGAGAAUCUCGCAGUUUAGAUCCUUCCUUUCAGAGGUUUUUCUGGGUACAUGAAAACAGAAGAUCAUAUCGUUAUCCAACUUGCUUUUUUACUUAACAAUGUAUCCUGGUUAUAUUUUGAUGUCAGUAUACAUUAAGCUACCUCUUUUUAUAAAAAAUGGCUGCAUGGAAUUCCAUCAUGUGGGAUAGCACAGGUUAUUUAAAUCAUCCCCUACCUGUGGAGAUUUGGGUCGUUUCUAAUCAUUUUGAUACAAUAAAUGAUGCAGUGUACUACUUUGUCCAUAUUUCUUUUUGCACUGUGCAAGUUUUUCUGUAGAAGAGAUUCCUAGAAGUGGAAUUGCUGGGUAUAGGAUAAGACAUUAAAUAUUUGGAUACUUAUUUCAGAUCACCCUCCAAAAAAGUUACAUGGUUUUGUAUUCUUACAAAUGAUGGCAAGAUCUAUUUCCCCACGCCUAGUCUGAUAGGUUGAAAUGGUAUCUCAUUAUUUUAGCACAAUAAAAAUAAUAAAGUGAUAACAUGCUAAAGCUUCUUAAAAAGUUAAAAUCUUUGUACAGAUAAAAGGGUUUUUUUUUUUGCUUUUGUUUUUUAACCAUCAAAAAUUAUAUCAUUAAAAUGUGAAUUUCUAUGAUUA